GAACCGAACCGUAACCUCGGCCUGUCAUCUCUGAGCCCUCCGUGACGCCUCUGGGCCGAUUUCGUCACCAUCCGGUGACAUUAGCCCCUGCGUCCUGUGCCUCGACAUGCACUGUCCUCAAGGUCGGCAAUCCGGCUAAGUUACCGCCGCGGAACAGGAGAUCCGGCCUGCACAAUGGCACAUCCGUCCGGCGGCCGACACGGUGGUGUGACCCGAGCGGCCGCCGGCGGCGCCGUGACCUCGACCUGCGGCUGACCUCGGUCAGCGGAGAAAGGCCCAGGGUCUGACCGACGGCACAGGUCCUGGGGCGACACUCGGCGACGGUCGGUGGUCCGGUCACGACAGGGGACUCGUGAGCGGUAGAGGGACGCUCAACAGGGGUGAGGUGUGGAAUCUUCUGGCCGGUAAGACGUGGAUCUUCUUGGGUACGUUCCUGCUGUUCUGAGGGCUGGCCAGCUGUCGCCGUGCUUCGACUCGACUGAAUAUUUCACGCCGAGGGAUGGAGCUGCACUGUAAAGUGCUAAUGGUUAUGCUACUAUGGACAGCUACCACUGCCGCAGUCUCGGAAUCUCCGCUGAGUUCAGCAGUCGACAACGGUCUCACCUCAGCAAUAGAGGAGGUGGCCGCACCAAACGGCACCGUGUCCCGGCUGGGCCGCGGCUCCGACUCGGGCAGCGGUAAGGUGCUGUUCCCCGACCAGCCGGCGGCGGUGGAGGGCCGCCACGCGCCGUGGCAGCACGAGCACGGUAUUCUGUCCGGUACCGCCGAGCCGCAGACUCCGGCCAUCCCGCGCUCCGCCUGCCAGCAGUACCCCGACGCCGGGCCCUGUUCGGGCCACGUCACCGCCUGGUACUGGGACUCUGGCGAGGAGCGCUGCAAGACCUUCCACUACGGCGGCUGCAAGGGCAACCGCAACAACUUCAUCACGCAAGACGAGUGCCGCGCCGUCUGUGACAUUGAGUACAUCCAGACAGUGACGGGCAGCAGCCAGUUCCUACCUCGUCCAGCGGCCAGCCGACACCGCUACCCGGAGAGUGGCGACCCUUUCACCGCAGCUGACAGCGCCCACUACCGACCGGAGAGCAGUGGCUACUCCAGCCGUCCCUCCUACCCGUCCUACCACAAAGACCGCCCAUCCUACCACAAAGACCGUCCCUCCUACAACGCCGGCGACCGACCGUCCUACCCAGCAGACAACUCCCACCAGUCCUACCCAGAGUACGGCGGUCACUACUCUCACCCCUCUCCCGACCGGCCCUCCCGGUACCGACCGGGGUCAGCAGGAGGUCAGGCGACCCUGCAGGAGAUUGGUGAGGUGGACGUCACUGGUCUGGUCUCUCCGCCGUCUCGGCCGGCUCUGUUUCCGGAGAGACCGGUCGGCUGUGCCGCCGAGGAGCCCAUCUGUGACUACGACCACGACGACUACCCACGGUCGACGGUGGACAGUAUCGUGGGCCGGUACACGGCCGAGCUGCGUCAGAUGUACGAGCAGCUGUACCAGUACCCGCCCGAGGAGUUCCGCUGGCACGACAACGGCACACUGGACGACUCCCGGAGUCGGACGGCAGCCGACUCCGUGUCGGCCCGCCACGGUCCCGGCGAGUUUGUGUGUGAGUCGGAGGUGCGCUACAGCCGACCGGGCUGGGCGCGCACCUUCGCCGGCCUCUGGCAGCUGGUCAUCAACACGGCCGCCCUGCCGCAGGCCGUGCGCACCGAGCGGUGCAGGUACGAGGGACACCGCUGCAACUUCCUGGCGCCGUGCAUGUCUUCUGUUUGCGUGCAGCGGUUCGCCGUGGUCAAGAUGCUGUGCGCCGACCCGCGCAACCCGUUCGUACGGCCGCGCCUGCAGGACGUGCGGAUUCCGUCCGGCUGCUCGUGCUACGUCACCGGCGGCACGUCGCACGUGUGGCGCGAGCCGUGGGCCCGCACCGGCUCCUCAGAGUCCAGCGCUGAGUCCGACUCUGAGUCCUACCCGAGUCCGCGGACCGCAGCGGCGCGGAACGUAUAGGCAGCUGCUGCGCCGAGCCGGCAACCGUGCCGGCAGUUAAAGUCAUUAAUUAAUUAUCGUGUAAUCGUCAUUAUUGAGUCCAUGAAGCCAGUCAAAUUGCAGAGAUGGUCAGUAAAAUGCUAGUUGCUGUUGCGUUUGUCGUAGGUAUAUAUGUAUAAUCUUGUGGAGCGAGCUCCAAAGAUGUCUCCUCCGAAUAUUUACAAUUUCAACUGAUAAUCGCUGCCAUCGUGCGUCCCUAGCUCGCUCGACCUAUGUAGGUCUGUUUUUCCAUGUUUCGGAACAGGAUGUUUUCCUUUACAUUCCCAUCUCAUUUGCUUCAUAGCGGUGUUGACAUCAGAGCAACGUAUAUAAAUAGACGUGAUGCCGGGUCGUUGCCCGUUGGUCGCCAGUUCUUGCGUCAGUUAGCUACCAUUCAGAGUCAGACGUCACGGGGCUGGCUCUGCUAGCUGGAUAUGCAUCGAUUAACUUUUCAAGUAUCGUAUGAAAUAUGUGUCCGGUUGGAAGCCCAUUUAUCAAUCUGAAAAAAAAAUAAUGAAGGCAUUUAGGCUAGGGUAAAGUGGUAUUAUUGUACAUGUUAAAGUAUGGUCAUGGUGAUGAUGAAAUUUGGCGAGAUUGUAAAAAAAAUGCACGAUAACGUUGUAAAGCGAACGUACCUAUGGGUUUUGAAUACAUGCAAUUUGUGAUUUGUA